AUGCUUUCUCUUCAUUUCUGGAUGGCUGGGGGUCGGGCUGCAGCUGCUGCCCUUGCUGCUACUUCUGUUACCAAUGGCAUUCAGACUGACAGCUCUCGGUGCCAAACCAACAACUGUACUCAGGAGCUCCUGAACAAGACAGUGGUAGCGGUAGCAGGAACAGCAGCAGCCGCCACCUCCACCCCAGCCGGGCCGGGACACUCUCUUGGGUCCACCGCUACCACUGAACAGCGAGCAGCGAAGCUGGGAACCACCCUGCAGGAGACACGUGUGUGUCCGCCGGCUUUGCAGUCCCGGGUCCAUAUCUCCGCCUAUUCCCUUCGCCCUCGGCCACAUGCUGACGGGAUAAGCAUGGAAGCCCUCUCAAAAUCGCCCGGCGAGCGAGCCACUAGCCACAAAGGGGGAGCGGGAGCGAAGGGCAGCAGGAUGAAGCGCCGCCCUGCAGAGCCAUUCACCACAAUCACAUCCAAGGAAUCGACCUAUGUGGAGAUUCAGGAUUUCCCCCGAGGGAGGGAAGCCAGUCCCCAGACCCUAAAGCUGACUUUGGCAGGGAGCGGAGGAAAAGUGGCCUUUCUCAGCCCUAAAAACGGAGCUUGUGAGAUCAGCGCUGUUAGCUGCUCAGCUCACAACGCGCUGCCAGAGGCAAGUGGAAAUCCAGCAUCCUUGGACCGUGAAUCUAAACCCGGGGCCAGCCCGGGGUCCCCGGGGAGGAAGGGUAAUGAGGCGGGGGGAUGCAGCGCUGGCUCUAACUCAGGCGGAUCUAAUGAAAACACUUCGUCUGGACUCCCCAACACGCAGCUUUACCCGAGCGGCUGCCCGGAGUCGUCGUCGUCUUGCCCAUCCCCUGUGAACAAGGCAAGCGCGUUCCCCAAAACGGAUGACACCGCAACCGAGGGCAAAACCUCCUCUUCUUCCUUUGGGUACGAAAGCGACGAUGACGAGGAUGCUGACUGCAAAGCAAGAGGGGGGAGCCGGGGGGCUUCCCAGCCCACCUACUGCGGCGAGACCAGCCCUGCUAACGAGGAGGCGCAUUACAUUACCACGCACGAAAUCCAGCUCAGCGAGGUGGACCACGACAUGGACUUUGACUUUGGUCUGGCCUCCAGGUGGGACUUUGAAGACAACAAUGUGAUCUACUCCUUCGUGGAUUACGCCUCCUUUGGGAGCGACGAGACCCUCGGGGACACGCAGACGGAGGAGGACAAUAGCUGUUAUCUCAGCACGACCAGCGAUGCCAAUAACCAGACGGACAGCAUCGAUAAUACCAGCAGUACGGAGAUAGUCAGCAUUAACUCUGAAAACGAUACCCCCAGCACAGACAAAUGCGCCAGCUCGGAAGAAAGCCAGCCCAAGAACCCCAGCCACAUGAGUGAGAACCCAGCUGCAGGCCACAUUCUCCUAUCAAUCAAACCGACUUCCCGGGCUAUAAAUGAGCUUAGCAACCUGCAUGAGAAGCAAAACAUUAUUUACGCUGCCAAGCAUGAAGGCGACAUGAGCCUCCGUGUCUCCACAGCUCCCGAACGCAAGGCCAGUUUCAAACAAGACGCGAUUCAUGACCAGGCAAAAAAAUUUAUCGCUGUCCCCGCGCGUUUGCAAACCCGGUGUGGAGCCAUAAGGGCGAAGGAAGUGGGGGGAUAUUCCAGCGGUGCCUCCAGCGCGGUCAGCGAGCUGGAUGAUGCGGAUAAAGAAGUGCGAAACCUCACAGCCCGAGCUUUCCGGAGCUUGGCUUACCCCUACUUUGACACGCUGAACUUCAGCUCCAGGGAGUCCUCCACGUCCCUUUCGGAUCAGGCGCUGGGGAUCAACCGAUGGUCCACUUAUUUAGACCUGAAGUGCGGCAAUCUCGGGCAGAAACCGGAGCAGAACCUGUUCAAGAGCAGCGCCGAACCUACCGCAUGGCACAGAAGCGCUGGGGCGAAGACAUGCAGUGACCAGUUCUACAUUCGCUCCAAUAAAUCGCAGACGAAAGCCCUAGAGUUCGUGGUCAGCAAGCUCGACGGGGAAAUAACGCACGUGGAAACGCCAGCGUGCUUCGAGAAGCGGAUCCAGUCGGGCUCCCGGGUUGUAACGUUGUUGGAGACGUUGAAUUUUAGCAGCAAUGUUAAUGCUGGUGUCCCCAGACCUGCGAAACGUCCUGGACAUGUUGCCGCUGGGGCAGGUUGCGCAGAUGAGCUUCCGGAAACGCUGCCCAGGGAGCCGGGUCAGGAGGCUAGCAAACAAACCGGGCUGGCCGCGGCAGAAGUCCCGGAGGGCACCCCGAAUAAAUCGAAAUUCGCCUCCAGCCUCCUCAAGAAUGUCAUAUCGAAGAAAAUGCAGCGGGAGCACGAGUUCAAAAUGGAGAGGGGGGAGAUCACAGACACUUCGUACAGGGGGCUGGCCGCGUCCUUGCCUGGCAAGGAGCAGGAGGGCUCGGGCAGGGAAAAGCUGAAAGAAGGGGGCAUGCAGAGGCAGAACUCCAGGUAUUCCGAGGGCAGUUCUGACUACACGAUUGUGACCGCAGAGGAGCCGGGGGAGUUUUCUGACAGCAAGUCGCCGACCUCCAAGGCGUCUACCCCUCGCCUAGAUCGACCCCUGUCGGAAACGCGCCUGGACGACGUGUGCGAAAUUAAGAAGAGCGCCUCGGAGGCAAUCAAAGCGACCUUCCUCCGCAGCCAGAACAGCGCGUUCAGAUCCUGGAAAGAGAAAGAGGCAGAGAAGAAGAAAGAAGAGCGAGCUCCCAUCGGGAAACUUCAGUUCUCUUCCGCCAAAUACGACUGGCGGGCCGAUCUGGGUGAGAUCUCAGCCAGCAAGUCCACUAAAAUGUCUCGUCUCUUCGUCCCAAACAUUCAGCGCACCCCCACGGGAAAGCAGCCUGGCACGCAGGUGACAAAGUACUCCACAGCCACCUAUGCGGCUCGGGCUGGCACCCCUGUAAAGCCCAGAGUCCCCGAGAUCAAGAUCAGCCUGGGCAGCGUGCAGCCAAGCAAGGAUCACCCCUUUGACAUCGCUAAGCUGCUCACCCCCAAACUAGCCGCGACCGCACCAACACUUUUCAAGGCAGCGGAGGAGCCCCGAGGCCAGCCGCAGAAGGCAUUCAAAGCGGACGGCCUGGACAAGGUGCCGCAAUUCUUGGUGCGCGAUAUAAGAGAAAACAAGCCUAAAGUCCCCGGGCCCAUUCACCAGGUAAGAGACGUCAGGAAACUGAUCAAGAGCUCCUACGGCCACGACUCGGGCGAUACCAACAGCGACAGGAGCAGCGCGCUCUCCGACCAGUGCAGCGCUGAGCAGAAACCGAGGCAGCUGGCCAUAGCGGGGAUCCCCAGGGCUCUGUCUCCCAUGGUGAUAACCUGCCAGGCGGUCAGUAACAGCAGGGAGGACAAGGGGCCGGGCGAGACGGGGGGCAAGGUGCUGCCUGCCACGGCAGAGGGGACAAUCCUGGUGCACAGGACCUCCGGGAGGCUGCCCGUGGCCACCAUCGCCCCCAACAAGAGCGACCCUCGCUUGCCCGCAGUGCUGAAGAUCGUGUCCAAAGCCUCCGCACCCUGGCGGCAGCAGCCGCCGCCGCACGCUCCCGCACCCGCUGAGAAAGGCAAGGGGGCGGACGAGGAGCCGCGGGAGGAGGCCAAGGGGCCGCCCAGCCGCAACGCGCUGGAGAAGCUGACGGCGGCGGUGCGCAGCAUGGAGGAGCUGUACAGCUUCAGCAAGCACGAGUGGAAGCGCAAGAGCGACCCGCGGCCCAUCACCGACAGCCACGUGCUCUCCCUCAUCGCCAGCGAGGAGCGGGGCGGCCGGGCGGCCGCGGGGCCCGCCGAGGCGAGGAGCGGGGCCCCAGCCCCGCCCGCCCCCGAGCGCCAGCCCCUCCCGUGCUCCGGCCUCAAGUCCGACAAGGUCUCGGCCAGGGCGGCCGCGUUCGAGAGCCUGGCGCGGGAACGGCCCCGGCCCCUGCCCGGGCCCCGGGGGGAGGCGGGCGCCGCGGACAGAGCCCCCGGCCCGCAGCCGCCGCGAAGCAGCGUCUUCACGAUCAGCUCCGCGCAGAAGGCGGCGGCGGCCGCCCCGGCCAAGCUCCCCGCCGCGGCCUCGCCGCUCCACAGCCUGAAGGGCCAGGCCGGGCCGGGGCCGCGCGCCCUCAAGCUCUCUCCGGACGCCGCCGCAGGGAAGGGGCCUGGCGAAGCCGAGAAGGACGCGGCCGGGCCCGACUGCAGGAACUACCUGGCUAUGCCACUCAAGGAGCCGCCGGCCGCGGGAGGCGCCGGCCACCCGGGCCCGCUCUCGGCCUCGGCGGCCGCCGCCGCCCUGCAGCCUUUCUGCGCCGCCAAGAGCCGGGGCCACCUCAGCCCCAAGCAGCAGCCCGGCCCCGCCGCCCCGCCUGCGGCCGCCCCGGAGCUGCCGCCCGCCGCCAUCUACCAUCAGCCGCUGCCCAUGGCCGCCCUGCACGGGGCGCAGCCCCCGCCGCUGCUCUGCUUCUCGCCGCCCUCGGCCGCCGAGCCCUUCCCGCAGACGCAGCGUAAGGUGCUGCUGGACCUGAGCACCGGCCAAUACUACCUGGUGGACGCGCCUGUGCAGCAGCCCCUCAAGAAGCGGCUCUUUGACCCCGAGACCGGGCAGUACGUGGAGGUGCCCAUGCCCCAGCAGCCGGCCAUGGCCCCGAUGCCGCUCCCCAUCUCCCCGCUAGCGCUAAACCCGGGGGCGUAUGGUGCCACCUACAUGAUCUACCCUGGCUUCCUGCCCACCACCAUGCUGCCAGCUAAUGCCCUGCAGACCCAGCUCUCCCUCCCGGGCAGCGACGUCAGCGCCCCCGCCGAGACCAGCAGCCCAGGGGCAGCACUGGGGGGAGGAGGAGGAGGAGAGGCCACUUUUGUGGAAAGUCCGUAUUAUAUCGCCACGGGUAAAUCCCAAUCGUCAGCCGCCACUGCCCAGCUCAGGGGGGCAGAGGGGAAGCCGGUAAUCAGCAUCACCUCCCAGCAAAUGGGGCCAAGGAUAAUUGCCCCGCCCUCCUUUGAUGGUACCACCAUGAGGUUCGUGGUGGAGCACAGAUGA